CAGAGCAGACGACAGUUGCGCAGUACGACAGAAGGGAUGUAGGAAAAUGGUUGGGCUGGCGUUAAUAUGCUGGACAGCUGUUGUCUGCAUAUCGAGGUUCAGUAUAACUGUUCGAUAUGAGUGAAUAAUGUGCGUGUGUAAAUAUUUUAACAUAACUUAGUUUUACGCUUCACGUAUGUGGUAACCGGCAUGAACUCACCCAAGCUCAGCGACAAAGUUCCACGAGCUCAGGGGAAAAGAACAAAACAGCAGCAACAACCAACCCAACAAAUCGAACAUAGCGAAGAAGAAGUGGAAUUAUCACCGUCGCAAAUCCUGGAGCGUGUGAAACCUGACCGGGUGACGGCGAGCAAGCCUGAAGAAGACCGGCGGCGGCGCACCAUUAUCGUGGAGAAGAAGAAUGGUUCCUUUGGAUUUACAUUGCAGAGUUAUGGGAUUCACUACAAGAAAGAACAAGAAAUAGAGAUGAUAACAUAUGUUGAUUACGUAGAUUAUGAUGGAGCUGCAUUUAGGGCUGGUAUGCGUGAAGGUGAUGUUAUUCUGUCAAUUAAUGGCCAUGACAUGGAGAAAGCUGACCACAAAACACUUGUCAACUUUAUAAAAAACUGUGAUUCUCGAAUGCGCAUGGUGGUUCUGUUUGAAGACUGUGUUAGAAAGGUGGAACUCCACAUGCGUUACAUACAGCUGCAGCACGUCCUCCAGGGCAAGAUGGCUGAAUUGGAACGUUUAUGCUUGCGAGAACGGGAAUUGCUGCAAGGAAAAUGGAAAACUCACAGUCUUCCAGCUCGCAAGAAAUCCACUGCCUCUACUUCUACAGAUGCAACGACCCCAACUCAAGCAGAAGGAAAUGAUUACAGUUACUGCAGACCAACUGUAUCCACUGAAGAUGUUGCAAGGGUGCAGCAUCAGCCUCAGACUCAACAAUUGUUGCUAGCUUACCAGUACCUUGAUCCCCGAUAUCGAGCAUACAUGCUACAACCUUCAACCAGUAGUAGUGGCGAGUACUUUGUCAGCUGGCCAACAGCUCAUGGGUCACAGCAGCAGCAGCACGGUCAUAAUGACGCAACUAGUCAUCAUCAGUCUUCAGUUACGAAGACUUCUUGUGAGGCACCAACACGACAUGGGUCAUCUAAAGGUUACCACCAAACAAACGGUGUUGCAGCAGCUGGACCUGGUGUUAGUAGUAAGUCUUCAAAAGGUUCAGGGAACAAUAAUAGCAGUAAAAAUCAGCAACAGCAUCAUCAUCAGCAACAGCAACAACAGUCCUCACAUUCUCACAACUUGUGCAACCCAUGUGUGCAGGCCAGCAACCAAGAUAGUUCUAGUCUGGAAGCUUAUGACUUAGCAAGUCCAUGCUGUGAUCCACAUUGUGUACCUUCUGCUAGGAGGCGAUCUCGCCAUCAUAAAGAACAUCGAAAUGGUCAUAAAAACACCUCCAAAAAUCAUUCAGAUUCUAAAGGUUCAAAAGAAAAAAGUACUCGCUCUUCUUCUCAACCUGCAGUACAUCCAGCUGCUUCCAGUGUUGUACCACAACCUCCACAGCCACGUGCUCAUCGCUACUUCAACUUUGGUACUGGUCUCGUUAGUCAGUGCAGCCUGCAUUCUUGCACUUCCAGUGAACUGAGUUGUACGAUGCCUGGUGGUGCAGGAGGAGAAAGCAGUGCAGCAUCAUACACCACAUCACUCAGUACUGAUACAUUAUACUGGGAUCCAUCUUGUGAGGGACCUGUUGCAACUCGAAAUCAUUCCAGCAAAUCAACUACUAAACAAGGAAAUUCCGGCUUGUAUCAUCAGCACCAUCAGUAUCCUUCCACUUCACAGCAACAAGGCACUAAUUUCGCAUCUUACAAUCCCGCUAAACCCGCUAAGUCUUGGGACAAUCUGACGACCAAAGCUUUUGGAGGGUAUGGAUUUGGCUACGGCUAUUUAGAUACAACAUCUGUGAAGGGUGUAAAUGCGGGAAAAGGGAGUCACAAUCGGACACACAGUACAAAGGCAGGAAGCUCAUCACAACAAUGCCGCAGUGGAGACAGACGCCUUCAAGGUAUGACUUCUACAAUGGUUAAUCUAUAUGGCCAUGGACAGCAUCACCUCCACUACGUGCAGCCAACAAAAUCAACAGAAAGUCUUCUUCUACUUCCAAAAUAUGCUGUGGAUCCUACACUUUCUGAUUCAAGUCUUAGUUGUGACUGUUUAGAUGUGACAUCACCUGUAGCAGAUAGUUCUGUUCAUGCAUCGAGAUUCUUUCCAGCCUCCAGUCCUAAUGUUUCUUCGGCUGUUGAAUCUAACCAUGGAAAUAUGUACCAUCAACAGCAAAAUUUGCAGAACAAAGCUAGUCAAACUGAUAACAAGAAAAGCACGCAGAAUGGAGGGGCUGAAAUAACACGUCUGUGACAUUAAACUGUAUAUUAGAAUCAGUAUAAAAAACACAUUAACAAAGCUGCAGAAAUUCUAAAAUGAAGACAGCAUAAUAAGUAUUCUCAAGAUGUGCUAGUCAUAUUUUCUUUUAAGUAUACUGGUAUUGAAAUUGAAACAGACAAUAAUAUAUACAAUAGUGUAAUGGGCUGAGUGAAUCUAAAACACAAAAAGUUUGAAAAACAGGCUUAAAUGACAUUCAUUUGAGUUUUGCGAUGUCAGAUAGAAUGGAACUUUAUGACCCUGCAAUUCCAAAAUGAAAAUUGGGAAACAUUUUAUUUUAUGGAAUGAAAAGGAUUUAAAUCCUAUAUGUGAUCUCUGGUAUCAGCACUGGAAUAGGUGUAUACCACAAUUAUUCUUUUGAUUUUGGGAGUGCCAUAAGCCUUCAUCUUCAGUGAUAUUGGGUUUUUGGACUUUAUCCAUCGUCCUGGUUUUAAGAUAACUAAGGAAAACACGU